CUGUUCCGUGAACGCACCUCCCUCUUCCUGAGCGGCUGCAGCAGCACUGCGACGCCUUCACGGCCGAGUGGGUUUAACCCGGGUAGAUCUGAUCGGCAGACCCGGGUCGGCACCCACCAGAGCCACACAGCCAGCGUUAAAUCCCGCGGAGUGGCGGCGACAACUUGAGGGGAAAGUGGAGCAAAGUGAGGAGCGUGGGCCCCCACGGACUUACUUAUCUCCCCUACAGGACGGGGGGCUGGGUGUUUUUGUUUUUAAGGGACACCGCUCGUUCUCCAACCAACACGCCCACCCGCCCCCGGGAGCAUCCUGAGAAGUCUCCGCCACGUCCGCUGAGAGGGAGCAACAGGUUGCGCCGCGCCGAGAAGGAGUCAGAAGCUCACCAUGCCGAGCAAAAGCCAGUACCUGCGGCCCCGGCUCUGCACGCUGCACAGGGGCGACAACGGCUACGGCUUCCACCUCCACGGGGAGAAGGGCAAGACGGGCCAGUUCAUCCGCCUGGUGGAGCCCGACAGCCCGGCCGAGUCCUCGGGGCUGCGCGCCGGAGACCGGCUCGUGUUCGUGAACGGCGACGAGGUGGAGAGCGAGAGCCACCAGCAGGUCGUGUCCCGGAUACGAGCCACCGUGGGCCCGCUGGAGCUCAUCGUGGUGGACCCGGAGACGGAGCAGCUGCUCAAGAAGCACAACUUAAAGUGUCUGAAGGAGUACGUGUCCGAGGGGCUCCCCUUACCUUUGGAGGAGGAGGAGGAGGAGGCGGAGGAGGUGGAGGUGGAAGAGGAGAAAGAGGCAGAGGAGGAGGAGGUGGUGGUGAUGAUGAAGGAGGACACGGAGGUGGUGAAAGAGGACACGGAGGUGGAGGUGGUGGUGAAAGAGGACACGGAGGCAGACGCGACAGAAAACGGGGAUGUGAAGGUGGAGGAUGAAGAGGAGGUGGAGGUGGAGGUGGCGGAGCAGGACAAGGAGGAGACACCCAGGGAGCUCACCCCGGUCCCCGUGUUGCCGGACAGGACCGCAGAGGUCCGUGAACAGGUGGAGAAGAAGCUGAGCGUCAGCUCCGAGAAGGACUCGCGCACCGAGCUGCGGCCACGUCUCUGUGUGAUCCGGCGAGGGCCCAACGGAUAUGGCUUCAACCUGCACAGCGAGCGCUCGCGGCCGGGCCAGUACAUCAGAGCGGUGGACGAAGACUCUCCAGCUGAGAGGGCCGGCCUGCUGCCCCAGGACAGGAUAGUACAGGUGAACAGCCUUUCCGUGGAGGGGAAGACGCAUUCAGAGGUGGUCGCCGCCAUCAAAGCCGGCGGAGACGUGACCCGGCUGCUGGUGGUGGACCCCGACACCAGCGCCUUCUUCAAGAGAUGCAGGGUGACCCCCACCUCCGAGCAUUUAACCGGUCCACUUCCAGAGCCUGCUCUGAACGGUGAAACAGGAGAAAAGGUGAACGGCAGAGUGGCCAAAGAGACAGAGAGGAACUCGAAGCUCUCUGUCAGUCCUUCACCGUCCAACGCGUCGUCCAACACCUCACUCACAACCCCGACUGCAAACACCCCACCUGAGGGUCUGGUCACAAAUGCCAUCCCAGCUCUAAACCUCACCCUGCAGCAGGUCAAAGAGCUCACCCACCAGAAACGCUCCAACAAGAGAGCCCCGCCCAUGGACUGGACCAAGAAGAACGAGCUCUUCAGCAACCUAUAGGACACCUCCCUUUUUACCUAAAAACACACAUUUUUAUUCCAGGAAAUUGUUCCGAGAGAUAUCAGAGAGAAGUAUUUUAUUAUGAUGAUGUUAAAAGAGAGAUACACCAUAGCAAGUUAAUGCUGUUCUGUAAAAUGUAGUAUUCUUCUAGGUAUUAUUCCUCACGUUAUUAUAACCCAAAUAUAAUACUGUAUAUUUUUAUGUGCUUCUAACCAUACUAUAUAUAUAUAUAUAUAUAUAUAUAUAUAUAUAUAUAUAUAUAUAUAUAUAUAUAUAUAUAUAUAUAUAUAUAUAUAUAUAUAUAUAUAUGCCAAUGAAACCGAGAUCUAUAUUCUGUUUAGAAGAGGGUAGAUAGAUUUCUUUUUUCUUUCUUGGUUCACUGUUGUGUGUAUGAGCAGGCAUGUCUGUUUGGUAUGUGAGGAGAUGUGAAGGAGUUACAGAUUUUGUUGGCUUGCUCCUCAAAAUCACUGAAAACACUGAAGUUCUGUCAAAACAACCACGCAACUUGCAACCUGACGAUGAGUGAAUUAAUUUAAGCUUAUUAUAAGUCCCUUCUGCACAUGUGAUCUGUGAGUUGGUAGAUGAAAACCUUGAAAAACCAUUGAAAGGUUAUUUUUUUUCUUUCUUUGUCUUUCUUUUUUCUUCUUAAAUCCAUUUUCUAUGUGUGACCGGUUUGGUUGAGCUUCGAACCUGUUUUUAGUAUCAUUAUCAUUGUCGUUUUUAUUUAGUCUGCUCCGAAAAGAAAGCCAAAAUGAUUAAUAUUUCAGGUAUUCCUCAAUACUUUUAGGUGAAACAGAUUUUCUAUUAGUGUUUUUUUACAUCAAUAAUUAGUCAGUAGAUGCUUCCUCUACCCAGUCUAAAUGAUUGAUCUUUUAGAUUUGCAAAUAUACUUUUAACACCAGAUGCAUACAAUAUAAUGUCUUUUUUCUACUUGCUAAAAAGUCAUAAGUUCAAUAGAAAAUGUAACGUUGGGUCAGGAAAAAUGUUUUUAAAAAUCCAUUUUUUCCCCACAAUUUGCCUUUAUUGGAUUCCCUACUUUUGUCCUUUUCACCUCCUUUGAAACAUAUAUGUAUUCUUUUAUGCUAAAACCCUAUUUAAUAUUUUUAGAAAUAUGUCUCUUCACAAGUCUUGCUCUGUGUUUAUCUUCUUGCUUCGUCCAUCAUCUCUGAACAGCUUCCAUGUUCCUGCUGAAGAAAAGCCUCCCCUCCAAUAGCAUGACACUGCCACCGCCGUGUUUCACAUCAGGAGUGCUGCGUUCAUUUGAAGCUGCUUGUAGUGUUUUGCGUUUACUUCAAAACCUUGGAAAAACACUCACAACAUGCAAUAAUUUUUUAAAUUUUUCCUUUACCUGCUAAGAGUCAAAAGAAAACAUAACUUUUUAUUUGGGAAUUUAAAAAAAUGCAAUUCAUUUUCACUAUGCCUUUCAGGGCUUUCAUAGUUUAUCCUCCUGGUCAUCUUUAAAAACAUUUAUGUAUACUUUUUAAACUAAAAAUAUGUUUGAUAUCUUUAAAUUUCUAUGUAAGAUAAACAUUGCUGCUUUGUUUUUAUUGUGAUCCAGCUUUUUGGGGGAACAGCUUAAAACUGGAAAUAGCUAUAUUUUAAACUGCAUUCUUGUUUAAUUAUAUAUGUAUGUAUAUAUUUUAUCACGUAUGUCUUUAAGCAUACGUGUUUAAGUCACUGAUUUUAUCCAGCGAUGAUCAAUGUGUGCUUUAGAGUCCAAGCCAGGUUGUCUAGCAGGAAACGCUGACCGCCCCUUAAUGGCCGUCGCUGUGACUGCUUAUGCCUACACAGGCGGUAACAGCUAGAGAAUGUGAGAUAUGUCUUUAAAAACUGAAAUUCUGUAUCAUUCAGAUCAUCAAAUGGGAUUUCCAUCUUUCAGCAGAUUCCAUAAGUAAAAGCACCCGGAGUUGGAAAGCUGAACUUAUGGAAAGCUUUUUGUACUUUUUUUUGUGCGGGGCAAUAAGGAUUUUCCAGCCUGUUGGUGUGUCUCGCGUGGCGUUACUGUGUGAUCUGAGAAUAAAUGACGGUGUUCUCGGAUCUAUGCUAUGAGGUGCUCCGCUAGAUAUAUCCUCAACCCUGUGGAGAUCCUUGUAAAAGUCUUCUAUAUCCCUUGGACCUUCUCACGCUGUCACAGCCCAAACCUUUUAAGUGUAUUUGAAUGGGAUUGUGAGACCAACACUACAAAGUACAACAUAUUUGUGUGUUCAAAGUCAUUUCCAAAUAAAUAGAUA